GGCGCAUUUGCAGCACAGUGUGUGCCGAGAGAGGUCAUUGGACGGCUGUCAACAAAAAGUAUUAGUGUGUCAGUGCCCCUGGCCGUUUGUCGUUUAACUGUUCUUCUCUGUUUUGCUGUAGAUUUGGCUUAUUUGAUUAACUUUGAAUAUCCCUGAACAGUCAACAUGUUGGUGGAUUUUGAGAAGCUGCGGAUGACCGGCGCUGGGAAAGCCAUCGCCGUUUUGACAAGCGGUGGAGAUGCGCAAGGUAUGAAUGCAGCUGUGCGUGCUGUGACUCGGAUGGGCGUAUAUGUAGGAGCCAAAGUCUAUCUGAUCUAUGAGGGCUACCAAGGACUUGUGGAUGGAGGGGACCACAUCAAACUUGCCAACUGGCAAAGUGUGACAAACAUCAUUCAGCUGGGUGGCACUGUGAUAGGCAGUGCCCGCUGCAAGGCCUUCACCACCCGGGAGGGGCGUCUGGCGGCGGCCUUCCACUUGGUCCAGCGAGGCAUCACCAAUCUGUGUGUGUGCGGUGGGGACGGCAGCCUCACGGGGGCCAACAUCUUCCGCACCGAGUGGAGUGACCUGCUGGAACAGCUGGUCAAAGAAGGGAGAAUCACUGACACCUUGGCCCAACAGUACACGCACCUGAACAUUGUGGGUCUCGUCGGGUCAAUCGACAACGAUUUCUGUGGGACGGACAUGACUAUUGGCGCCGACUCAGCCCUGCACAGGAUCAUGGAGAUCAUCGAUGCCAUCACCACCACUGCACAAAGCCAUCAGCGUACAUUCAUUCUGGAAGUGAUGGGUCGUCACUGUGGGUACCUGGCCCUGGUGUCCGCGCUGGCCUCUGGGGCUGACUGGCUCUUCAUCCCCGAGGCUCCGCCAGAGGAGGGCUGGGAGGACCACAUGUGUGAGCGCCUGGGAGAGAGUCGAAGUAAAGGUUCCAGGCUCAACAUUGUGAUCAUGGCAGAGGGGGCAAUUGAUAAACAUGGCCAGCGCAUCGCCUCUGACUAUGUGAAAGAUCUGGUGGUGAAGCGGCUGGGCUACGACACCCGGGUGACGGUUCUGGGACAUGUGCAGAGGGGGGGCACACCCUCUGCUUUUGACCGGGUGCUGAGCAGUAAGUUGGGGGUGGAGGCGGUGGUGGCCCUGCUGGAGGCCACUCCAGAGACUCCUGCCUGUGUGAUUGGCCUCUCGGGCAACCAAGCCAUGCGCCUGCCCCUCAUGGAGUGUGUCAAUAUGACAAAGGAAGUGCAGAAUGCCAUGAAUGAGAAACGCUUUGAUGAAGCAAUUCAGCUACGGGGAAAGAGCUUUGAAAACAACUGGAAUACAUACAGGCUUUUGGCACACCAGAAACCUGCGCAGUCCAAAAGUAAUUUCUCAAUGGCCAUCCUUAAUGUGGGUGCCCCAGCAGCUGGCAUGAACUCAGUGAUGCGUUCUGCGGUCAGGGUCGGCAUUGCCCAGGGACAUCGUGUUUACGCCGUCCACGAUGGCUUCGAGGGUCUUGCAAAAGAUGCUGUACAUGAGAUGCACUGGCAUGAUGUCGCUGGCUGGACAGGCCAAGGAGGAUCACUCCUGGGAACCAAACGCACACUUCCAAACUCCUGCAUGGAGAAAAUUAUUGCUAACAUGGGAAAAUAUGGCAUUCAGUCCCUGAUCGUCAUUGGAGGAUUUGAGGCUUAUGAGGGGGUCCUGCAGCUGGUUGAGGCUCGUAGUCGCUAUGAUGAGCUCUGUAUUCCCAUGUGUGUGAUCCCAGCCACCAUCAGCAACAACGUUCCAGGAACUGACUUCAGCCUCGGAGCUGACACCGCUGUCAAUGCUGCCAUGGAAAGCUGUGACAAAAUAAAGCAGUCUGCCACGGGAACCAAGCGCCGAGUCUUCAUUGUAGAGACAAUGGGAGGAUACUGCGGUUACCUAGCAACCACCACAGGCAUCGCCGUGGGAGCUGAUGCAGCUUAUAUUUAUGAGGAGAAAUUUAACAUUCAUGACCUGAAGAUGAAUGUGGAGCAUCUUACAGACAAGAUGAAGAAUGACAUCCAGAGGGGCUUGGUGCUAAGGAAUGAGAAAUGUAAUGACCACUAUACCACAGACUUCAUCUUCAAUCUGUAUUCCGCUGAGGGGAAGGGUAUCUUCGAUUGUAGGGUCAAUGUGCUGGGACAUUUACAGCAGGGUGGGGUUCCGACUCCAUUUGAUAGAAAUUUUGGCACCAAACUUGGUGUGAAGUCUGUCCAAUGGCUUACAGAGAAGAUGAGAGACACCACCAGGCAAGGUCGCGUGUUUGCAAAUACUGCUGAUUCUGCUUGCGUGAUUGGAAUGAACAGGAAGGUGAUGUCCUUCAGUCCCGUAACUGAACUAAAGAGCCACACUGACUUUGAGCAUAGAAUGCCCAAGGAGCAGUGGUGGCUGAACCUGCGUAUGAUGCUGAAGAUGUUAGCCAAGUACCAGACCAACUUUGAGUAUCAGACUGGGGAGAUAGAACACGUGACGCGACGGACACUGAGCAUGGAGACCGGAUUUUAGAAGUGCUUCGAAUGCUAGUUGUUUGGUUUUUCAGAUUGCCAUCCCAAACCAGAAUGUAGGCUAUUCCUUGUGAUAUUCAUCAUAAUAGUCCCUUUUGCAUGAAUUCUGAGCCCAGAAGAAUCUUUUAAAAUGUGUAGCAGUUUGCAUAUUCCACUGUUGCAUAACAGAAUGCUUUUUGAAAGCCAUUUGACAAUCUGUUGUUUUGACGGUUGGUAUAGUUUACUUUAUGUAGGAGUUUGUGUUUGUACAGUAGGAGUAUUCAUUUAAUGUAUUAGGGUAAUGGAAUGAAGUAUUAUGUCCUUGUUUAAGUUCCAUUGUGCCUUUGUUGUAAAUGUUAGUUACUCUAAACUUGUUACUGACACGUUAUGCAAUGGUAUUGCACCCGUCCAAUCAUGUUGUUUACUAUAGGGCACAUUUCAAAUAUUAUUUAAUUGCUUAGGCUACUGAUGUUGAGUCAAUAACACAUUUUACCAUAGUUUUGCCAUAGUUUGUCUUCCAUUUGAUUAAUAUAUUGAAUCAGUUUUAUUUGAUUAAUAUAUUACACUUAAGUCUUUUGUCUUGGAGCACUUGGAUCCUUUUGUUUUGCUCCAUUGCAUUGAUUCUUCCCUACUACCCCACCCUUGUUCAAGAAAAUGCUGUCUUCCUUAAUGAAUUAAUUAAAUAAUGUACUUUGACAUGAA